AACGCGACGCGGAUGUAUUCCACGUGAAUUACAUGAAGAACCCGCCAUGGCAGCAGCAGCAGCGCAGGAGGCAGAGAUCAUCCUGGCCCAGAGACUGGCCUCUAACGAGAAACCUGUCAGGACGAAGGCCUUAAAGAUGCUCAGGAAGUACUUUAAUCUGAGAUCUCAGAAGGCUGAAGGUGGAUUUACAAGUGAAGACCUGCUGAAGAUCUGGAAAGGGCUGUUCUACUGCCUGUGGAUGCAGGACAAGCCUCUACUACAGGAGGAACUUUCACACCGGAUCUCAGGGCUGAUCCACAGUUUCCACACGACACACACCCAGCUGCUGUAUUUCGCGACGUUCCUGCAGACGGUGAAGAGGGAGUGGGACGGCAUCGACAGACUGCGCAUGGACAAGUUUUUCCAGCUGGUGCGCUUCAUGUUCAGACAAGUGUUCGAGGUCCUGAAGAGGACGGACUGGGAGACCAGUGUGGUGGAUCAGUUUUUAAAGGUCUUCACAGAGCAGCUCUUAGCGAGCGCCGCCCGAGUCCCGAAAGGCCUGAUGAUGCACAUCCUGGACCUCUACAUGACCGAGUUGGCUCAGGUCGGCUCUGCUGAGCUGACCGCAGAACAGAACCUGACUUUCAUCCAGCCUUUCUGCAAAACCAUGGCCAAGACCAAAGACCGCUUGCUGCUGACCUGCAUCUCGAAGAACAUCUUCAGGACGAUCGUGGAUCACGCGCCGUAUGCGAUCGAGGACCUGAUGAGGGACCUGGAGCGAGGGGGAGAGGACUCCGACUCCGGUCAGGCGUCUGGGGAGGAAGAGGAGGAAGACGACAUGGGAGAGGAAGAUGAGCUGAAGAACAACACGCUCAAGAAGACUAACGUGAAGAAGGUCAACGGCGUCUCUGAGGGUAGAGGAAACGGCGAGGUCGGUACAGACGACCUGGAUUCAGACAGCGUGGGCUCUGCAGAGGAUGACGGUGUGGGUGCGGUUCUACAGUUUGACUACGGAGCGAUAGCCGAUCGCCUUUUCGAGUUGGGAAGCCACAUGAACACGCGGAACUUCAACCGCACCAAGAUGUACAACCUGGUGAAGACUUUUCGGGAUCUGAGUGAAGGCGUUUUCCCCGAAAUAGACGAGGGUGAGAGUGACGAGAGUGAUGAGUGUGACGCGUCGGAUGAUGAGCUGUUCGAGAAGAAGAGCAAAAAGAAGAAGAAGAGAAAAAGUGAGACAGCAGAGGAGGAAACAGUGGCUAAGAAGGUUAAAGCAGCGUGUCCUGAGGACGACUCAUUGAAGACAGCGAGAGAAAACCUUAAAAUGAAACCUUGUGUUGAACAAGAAUCUGAUGGAGAGCCUCAGACUGAGACUCUAACGCAGAAGAAAACUAAGAAGAAAAACAAGAAAAAGAAGAUGAACGCCGGAGACACGGAAAGCCGUGCACAGCCUGAGGAGAAACGGCCUGAGGAGAAACAGCCUGAGGAGAAACGGCCUGAGGAGAUCUCGGAGGAUACGGAUGCGUGUGGAGAAGCCUGUAGCAUGUCGAGAAAGAAGAAAAGGAAAAACAAGAAACCAUGCUCAAGCUCACAUGAAGUUGUGGAAGACGUCACAGUCCAAAUACACCACGCUCAGAAAGUGGUCGAGGACAACCGUCCCACCCAAAACCACCUGGAGACCGCCCAAACGAAGAAGGCGAAAAGAAAGAACCACAAGUCCAGCUUACAGAAAGUAGAGUUACCUGCCGGGACGUUGGAGGAUCCUGAUAAACCCACCAGUGAGGAGCUCGACAAACAUCUCCGUCCUACGUCUGAGGAAGACCUCACAACUAGACUGAAGGGAAGUUCCACCAAGAAUAAGAAGAGCAAGAUGUCCAGCUCUCAGGAAGUGGACGCGGCAUCACACGACUGCUGUGCAGACAAUGGAGCAGGAGAUACACCAGCACCUGCUGUUCAAGUGCUGCGGUCAAAGAAAGGCAAGAAGAUAAUGACGCCGAGGAAGCUUCAGGUAGAGCCUGUAGAUGCCGGGGUACCCGAGGCGUCCUCGAACGGCGUACACGUUUCUACUCAUGAUCAUGAUGCAUGUUGUCAACCCCAGUCGGUAAAGAAAGCCAAGAAAAAGAAACAGCGUCCUGAGCCUGCGCUUGAAGCUGCUGCAGUAGAAGAAGAGGCUUGUGCACAACAGGCCGAGACGCCACGGAAAAAGAAGAAAAUCCAGAAGAAACAAAAAGCUCAGUCUGUAGAAGAAGUUAAAGAAGAACCUGUUGUGGAGAAGAAAGCAGGAGCAGAAGAACCACAUGAUGACGUCAGCACACCUGUGAAAAAGGGGAAAAAGAAGAGGAAACUGCAGACGGACGGGGCAGGAACACCUCAGAGGAACACACACGCAGAGGAAGCGAUGAGUGGAAAGAAGAUCAAAGUCAGUCAGGGAGGUGAGGUUUCCACACCAGUGACCCAGAAAAAGCUGAAGAUGGACAAAGCCUCAGCAAAAUCUGACUUUGUCUCCUUUCAGGGUCUAAUAAACCCCCCGACUCCACUCUUCUGUAAAACCAAGUCCCAACCCAGCACACCUCGGACCAGCAUCAAGGCGAAAUUCCUGACUCCAAAAUCAGAAACUAAGAAAGUGACCUUUGGGCUCAAGAACAAUAAAACUGCUGAAUUCAGGAAGAUGGACCGGAGCCUGCUGGUGAGUCCUGUCGGCUCGUCCCGUGUGGCUUUCGAUCCGAAGAAGAUGCCCGUGUCGGGGGUGCUGAAGUCGCCUUCACUGUCUCCAGUCAUUAGCAUGAAAAAACCUGCAGCCAAGAAAAGAGCAACGGCGGCGGAUUUCUUUUAGAGCGCAGCUCGUGUCGGAGUUUCACCUCCCGUGUGUUUUUCAUUAACGCCUGAUUCUGAAACGGCUCAUGAGUUUAAAUCGACGUGGAAUUAAACACGACUGCCUGUUCCUGAUGUUUUAUACAGAAAGCAAAUCAGUUGAAAAAGUAAGAGUAAAACCUUUUCAACUCUGUAUUAAUAUUUAAUGCAGAUGUAAUUAGGGAAAUAUUUUGCCAUGUCUGUUUGUGAAGUUUUCAGCUCAACUGGGUUUUGUACCGAUGUUUUGUUGUGGCUUGAAUAAAACGUUCUUAUUUGUUAA